GUUAACAGCAAUCAUGCUAGCUUUGAUAUCCAAUCCAUCCCUCGAGAAUUACCCGAGUCUUCCAUCCGGCUUCGCUCACUGCUCAUUAAUCUGACCUCCAACCACUUGAUUUAUGCUCGAAUGGAUGCUUUUCCAUAUUUCUACUGGUGGGACGAGUACCCCGUGUCUAACAGCUAUCCUGUCCCAGACAAUCACCCAUCAGCAUGGGCAAUAAUUCAGUCCCUGCUGGAGGCUACGCAUCGUUAUCUCAAACUGAAACCCGGCGAGCCAAUAGGCCACCGGAUUGAGACCAGCAGACAUUGCCAAAGGAUAUUUGAUGCCCUUGUACAACCGGUACACAGUAACACAGACACUAAAUCCAACCAGCGACCUGACAACCACGACUCCAUCUCCGUCCGCCCAACAAGAACUCGACCGCAAGGCCUGGACAGCCCUCUUCAUCAGCGAUAUAGCAGGCUACAUCCUAAUAACAACCCUCCAUUCAUCCACGAAGAUCGUCAUCCAAGCUCCCCUGGUCUCAGUCGGACGGCGACCUCUGCAACAGUAGUGAUCAACCUAGCCCGCGUCGACCAAAACAGCCCGUGGAUUCUCGUACUACCUAGCACGUAA